AUGGAGGCUUUUCCCGGUGCCAAACUGGAGCAGCACCGGCACCUCCCGCCCGUGGAGUGCCUGCCGGGCGCCCGCUACGGCGGCCGGAGUCACAGCGCCUGCGGGAACGUCUUCAACUCCUGGAACGACUACCUGGGGUUGGCCACGCUCAUCACCAAGGCCGUGCGCCCCGGCAAGGGUUUCGGAGCCGAGCCCCCCUCGGUGGUGGUGGCGGCUGCCGUGCCGCCGGCCGAGGAGGAGGAAGAGGAGGAGGAGGAGGAGGAAGAGGCGGCGGGGCCGUACUUCGAGGGCGCGCUGGACUUGCACGACCUGGACCUGUGCGGGCAUCACCACCACCAUCAUCAUCACCACCACCACCACGGCGAGGGUCUGCUGGAGGAGCGCUUCGCCGACUUCAGCCCCUUCCCCGGACGCGGCGGUCCCGCCGCCGUCGUUUUCGAUUGCUCGGGAGAACACCCGGGCCGGGAGGGCUCGCCCCACGCAUGGGGCGGCGUGGUAGUGGCUGGCCGGUUACCGACCCACCCGCGGGUCUCCUCCCGGUUGCUCAAACCCGAGCUGCAGGUCUGCGUCUUCUGCCGAAACAACAAGGAGGCCGUGGCUCUCUACACCACCCACAUCCUCAAGGGACCCGACGGCCGCGUCCUCUGCCCGGUGCUGCGGCGUUACACCUGCCCCCUCUGCGGUGCCAGCGGUGACAAUGCCCACACCAUCAAGUACUGUCCCCUCUCCAAAAUGCAGGCGGCCAAACAGCUCAAACACGCCCGGACCGCCCUGGGGAAGAAGGGCCGUUAA